AACAUUAUUUCCGUUUCCUUUACAGAACGGAGGUAGCGAAAGUAGGCGUGAAUACAUCGAGGUGUAAUAUUUUUACAUUCGUUGCAAAGUAUUAUCUCUUACAAAUUUAUAAAGUUGUUCAGUAAUAAUAUAAUAUGCCACCGAAGUUUGAUCCAAGUGAAGUGAAAGUCGUGUAUCUGAGGUGUGUUGGUGGUGAAGUAGGUGCAACAUCAUCCUUGGCUCCAAAAAUAGGCCCCCUGGGUCUCUCUCCCAAGAAAGUUGGUGAUGAUAUUGCGAAGGCAACUUCAGAUUGGAAAGGUCUGAAGAUCACUGUCAAGCUUACAAUUCAGAAUAGGCAAGCUGCAAUAUCAGUUUGCCCCUCAGCAGCAUCUCUCAUUAUUAAAGCACUGAAAGAGCCACCUCGUGACAGGAAAAAGCAGAAGAACAUUAAGCACAGUGGUAACCUUUCCUUUGAUGACAUCUUGAACAUUGCAAAAACAAUGAGGGAUAGAUCCAUGUCAAGGAAAAUGGAAGGAACAGUGAAGGAGAUUCUAGGAACAUGUCAGUCUGUCGGCUGCACAGUGGAAGGAAGGCAUCCGCAUGAUGUAAUUGACCAGAUAAAUAAUGGCGAGCUGGAAGUGCCAGAAGAUUAAGUCCUUAAUGUAUGGAGCACAGAAAUAAAUAAAACUUCA